AUGCAGUGCUUUUCAUCACAAUCAUCCGCUAAUGGAGUUAAAUACUGCCAUUACUAUACAAGAAAUACUCGUUUUUAUGCACCGAAUACUUAUUCCUAUAAACCCUCCAUCCCAAGAACGCCCUUCUCAAUCCCUACAUCAGAUAAUCUUGCAGUCCAAUCUCGUUUCAAUAAUCCCAUUUCGGUAAUUUCACCAAAGAGUGAUCAUAUUUCUGGGCUGAGGUUGAAGCCAGUUCUUUGUGGCGAUUCGUCGAACGCUGUGACUACAAAGAAGAGCUGGAUUGAAGCAGUUGGGGAGGCUAUAUCUACUGCUUUUCCUUUGUGGGUAGCUCUGGGUUGCUUGUUGGGAUUGGUGAAGCCUAGCUCAUUCAAUUGGGUCAAGCCUCAAUGGACUGUCAUGGGCAUCACUCUCACUAUGCUUGGUAUGGGGAUGACUCUUACCUUUGAUGAUCUUCGCGGCGCGAUGGCUAUGCCCAAGGAGUUAUUCUCCGGCUUCAUGCUGCAGUAUUCUGUUAUGCCGUUAUCUGCAUUUUUUGUGAGCAAGCUUUUGAAUUUGCCAUCCUAUUAUGCAGCUGGCUUAAUAUUGGUUGGUUGCUGUCCAGGAGGGACUGCAAGUAAUAUUGUUACGUAUAUUGCACGAGGAAAUGUGGCUCUUUCUGUGUUGAUGACUGCCGCAAGCACCCUCUCUGCAGUGGUGAUGACGCCUUUUCUCACAGCAAAACUUGCAGGACAAUAUGUGGUUGUAGAUGCAGUCGGACUAUUCAUAUCAACUUUGCAGGUUGUGCUUCUUCCUGUUUUGGCCGGAGCAUUUCUGAAUCAGUAUUUCCAAAGCUUUGUUAAAAUUGUUUCUCCCUUGAUGCCACCUAUCGCUGUGUCAACUGUCGCUGUUCUUUGUGGAAAUGCAAUUGCUCAGAGUUCUUCAGCAAUCCUCAUGUCUGGUCGACAAGUAGUUCUAGCUGUUGCUCUUCUUCAUGCAUCUGGUUUUUUCUUCGGUUAUGUACUUUCAAGGAUGCUUAGGCUUGACGUUUCCUCAUCAAGAACGAUUUCUAUUGAGGUUGGCAUGCAGAAUUCGGUGCUUGGGGUCGUCCUUGCCACUCAACACUUCGGGAAUCCACUGACUGCAGUGCCAUGUGCAGUUUCUAGUGUGUGUCACUCGAUCUUUGGUAGUGCUUUGGCUGGAAUAUGGAGACGCAGCAUCCCCAACUAA